UUAUUUACUUGCUGUGCCUUGGAAAGUGCAUCACAUUUAAGCUAUGCUCGGCACUGAAAAAGCGCAUGCAUGCGAGAAACAGAAACCCAAGAGCUAACGUGGUGCUUCCUCUUGGAUCGCGUUUUUGAAAACGAGGGUUGGUAUGCAGAGAGCGCGCCGCAGCGCUGCCAACGCGUUCGGUUCGCUCUUGGUGGUUGUUUGACGUUUUGCUUUGCUCUGGCUGUUUAUCUGUGUUUUUAUUCUGCUGAGUGAGUUCGUCGAGAGAGGUACAGAAAAAGUACAAGCAAGUCGGUGGCGCAUAUUCCCAUGCGCAGUGCGCUGAAAAUUACACAGAACUUGAAUAAAAAAUUGCAACUAAACUUUAGUGUAUUACAACACCUCCAAGUUGUAUAAACAAAUAGUUAACAACAAUUGUGCUACGAACAUAUCAAACCAGAAAGCAACUGUACACAUCAUUGUGCUCUCUUACUCUCCUGCUCAGAGGCAACAACACAACUCGCUCGAAACAACAGCUCGUGCAGUGAGUGGAGUGGAAUAUUUUAUCUCAGUGCAAGUGGUGAUUUUAAUAAACAAAUUGCCAGACGAAAUAUUAUAUCGGGCCAUAAAAGUGUAAAAGACAAACGCAAAAAGACCUUGCAGCAGCGAAACGCAUACAUUUACGUUUCACUCGCUCUCGCUUCGACAGCAGACCUUGUGGAGACCAGUGCUCUCCCCAGUUUACGUGUGCGUGUGUGUGUGCGUGUACGUGGAGACUGCCCCUCCGUUGAGAGCCAGAAAACAAAAGUUUUGGCGCCAAAACUUUGACAGUUCGCUUUGUCGUGCAAUUCGCAAACAAGUGGCCCAAAGCAGACACGACAAAACUGCGUCGCACAGUCAAAACAGACAAAUCAGCCACAACAGAGCUGCCCCCAGUGCCACCACAUCCAGACACCAGAUAUAUAUAUAUACAGCCAAACAUGGUCAGUGCACGCGUGCUGAAUCCCGUCAUGCUCAGUGAGUUCUGCAAGAUGAGUGCCAGUCCGUCGGUCAGCCGCAAUCUGCCCUGCGGUCGUCAGGUGAAUCGCAUCAAGCGAAAUCUCUUCGGCAGCCCCAGUACCACGGAGGCCAGCACCAAUAAAGCGCCCUUCAAUGCCGAGCUGGAGAGACACCAGGAAAUGGCCACACAGAAGUGGGGAUUCAACUUCCGCGCUGGCUGCCCGUUGGCGGACAGUUCAUCGUUCACCUGGGAACUGGUCAGCUUUCAAGAGUCUAGCUUUGCCCCCAAUAUGUACACCCUGACCCGAGCCGCCCACGUACGUCCCAGCGAGGAGACCGGCGCCAACGAUGCCCUGAUCAACGAGCGGGCCGAGCGCGAGAACUUUACUGUGAAUGUGGCGAACUCGUCGCUGGAGUCCAACACAGACAACGACUCCUGCUACGACUCACAGGAUGAGUCGCUUACCGUGCGAUUCACGCCGUCCAGCCUGAGUCACAGCCUGAGCAGCACCACAUCCGCGCUAGCGCUGCGCAAGCGACAGCCAAAAAUCACAGAGUUCAUGAAGGAGCGCAAGCGACUUGCUCAGGCUCCGAAGAAACUGUCGCCCGUGAAACGCCUGCGCACCAGCUCACCACCCUCCUCCUCUGCAUCCAGCGGAUUCGGACUGGGAGCGCACUUUGGGGCAAUGCUGAAGCGGCCGCGCCACAACUGAGGCGCCCGGGUCCCACCACUGCCCCACCGAACCGAGACUUGCAAUCUGCAAUUGUAUAAUUUUAUUUGAUUUUUUAUAAGCCACUGCGAUUUGUAGUAUUCUUCAUAUUUUUUACAAACCUUUUUAUGCAGUGCAAGGGCGACAGUUGCGAAUAUUAAUUGAUAGUCUUCAACUACUCCUAACCCGUAACCAGUAACUAGUUGUAAGCCAAUAAGUUCGAGCUAAAUGAAACUUUGUAGAUUUCCCUAGUGGGAAAUGCCAUAAACUAAGUGAUUAGUUCUUAACAACCAACAAAACAAAACAAAA